AAAAUUUGCCGAAAGUAUGCUACUUUUAGCUGAAAGUGUUAUGGUAAACGAUGACAUGCUUCUUGAUAACUGUUUAUUUUUUAUCUGGAUUAAACAAUUUGGUUACCUAUUAUUAUAAAGGAAAUGUAGACAUAGCUGUCCACAGUUAGAUUUAUCAUAUGUUUGAUACGGAUCAUGGUUAUAGCUAAUUAAAUUUUUAUUACCAUCACUUAAAAAAUAUGCAAUAACUUCUUUAGGGGGCCUUAGAUUACCGAAGCUAUCAAAAUAACUUAUUUUUUUAUUUUUUUUAACGUAUGCCGUCCAAUGUGUACCUGGACCAGAAUUACUAUCCAAGUUUAUAAUUCCACUUUCAAUUUUUCUAAUUACUUUUGGUAAUUUAUCUCGCAUGAAGAUGCCUCUAAAAUGAGAAAUGUUUAAUUUUUUAAUAUACCUAUUUAUAUCUAGGUUUGUUAACGGCUUAUUGUGAGGUAAUAUAUUUAAUAGUUUUUUGGUUUUAGAUAUAACCCAUAACCAUUUUUAUAUGGUUUUAAGUAAAGACCACUUCCUUUUUUCCCAAUAGCUAUCUCUUCCAUGACACGAUUAUGUCUUUUAUUUUCUUCUAAUUUUUGUUGUGCUGCCUUUGUAUCAUUAAUGGCUUUAGCAAUGCUUGCUGCCCCUCCUCCUAAAGCGCCUAAGGCAGAUAGCCCUGCAAAUAUUGGAAUUAAAGGAAGGACACCACCUUUGAUUUUUGGAAUAGGAAUUAUUCUUUUUGAAGAAAUUUUCCUUUUUUUAAGACGUUUUAAGGCACCAUUGGUUGUAACGUUUAACUUUUUAUAAGACUUUCCGAUUAUACCUUUUUUUCUUUUACUUGCAGACGCUUUUUUUCUAUUUUUCUUUUUUGUUAAACCCAUCCCCAAUUUGGAUUUUGCUUUCAUUAUACCUGCAAUUCCUAGGGCGCUUAAACGUUCACCCACACCUGCAUCACUUGACCUAAACCGAUUGAUUGCUUGGUCAGCCAAUAUCCUAUCGGCCUUGUUACGACUUUUUACGCUAGAAAAUUUACUGUAUGCAAUGUCGUGAUUUUUACACGCUUCGUCAAGUUUAUUUACGCCUUGAUGACCGGCAGCUAAACGUUUUUCCAAUCUUGUACCGGGCCCACAAAAAUUAUAACCAGGAAUGUGUAAUUCAAAUGGUAAUUUAUUAAUUACAGUAUUUAAGGAGCCACCUUUCGGUGUGAACUUUAGUGUCAUAAUAGAUUUUUAUAUAAUAGUUAAUACCCUUUUAUACUUCGAAUAUGUGGUUGGAAAAACAAAAGUUUUCGUUACCAGUGAAAAAUUAUGACCUAAAUAUCAGUAAUGGGCAGAUAUUUAAGAAACAUGGGGAGUUGUUUGGAGGUGAAUCAAAACGGGGAAUCAUAGUGGGUCCAUCUGGCUGUGGAAAAACUAAUGUAAUGAUUACAUUAUUAACACACCCCAACGGAUUACGAUUUGAAAAUGUUUAUGUGUAUUCUAAAUCAUUAUAUCAACCAAAAUAUGAAUUUCUAAGAAAAUUAUUAAAACCACUUAGGGGAAUAGGUUAUUUUGAGUCGUGUUUUGAGCAGGAUAUUGUACCACCAGUUGACGUUAAACCUAAUUCAGUAAUAAUAUUUGAUGAUAUUGUGUGCUGUAAUCAAAGUAUUAUGCGAGAUUAUUUUUGUUUUGGUAGACAUAAAUAUACGGACUGUUUUUACCUAUGUCAAACGUACUCAUCGAUUCCUAAACAAUUAAUCAGAGAUAAUGCAAACCUACUAAUUAUAUUUAAACAAGACGGAACCAAUUUAAAACAUAUCUAUGAUGAUCAUGUAAAUAUGGACAUGUCAUUUCAACAGUUUAAAGAUCUCUGUUCCACUUGCUGGCGAUCCGAUUUUGAUUUUAUUGUUAUUGAUAAAGAUUGUGGUGUUGAGACUGGAAGGUAUCGAAAUAAAUUUGACCAGUUUAUUCAUUUAAAUAAAUAAGAUAUAUCACUAAGGAGUUAAUUAGUUUAAAGCCUAUAGUUUGGAAGCGAACAUGAAUGAAAAGUUAGUAAAAGAAUUAAUACAAGCCCGUCAAGCUGUAAAACGAAAACUAAAAUCUUUAAAAACAGAUGUGGCCAAGUCUCAGUUUCGACAAGAAAAAGAAUUUAAACCAAUUACAGAACCCUUUAAAGAAUUAAUUAAAGCUGUAAAAGCGGAGGAAAAAAUUAAAACAGAACCCUUAACACCGCCAGCAUUUUCUACUCCUCAAAAAUUUAAAACCGAUUUAUCACCGCAAAAAAGACGUCAAACAAAUAUUUAUAACAAAUAUCUACCUUCGGAAUUACCAUCAUUUUUAACAAGAGAAGAUACAUUUGAAAUAAACGAUGAGAAUGACGAUGAUGUAUUUUUUAAUCAACAAUCAUCUUUAAGGGAGCCUCGUCUAAGUUCUACGAGACGAGAUAAUUUAGAUGAAUCUACCAUUACUGAACCAACAACAAAAGAAAUUAGACAGAGUAUUUUUGAGUUAACCAGAAGUCCGGCAUACGAACAAUAUCUUGAAGCAUUUCAUCCGCUUGUAAGAGGUUUUGUUGAUGCAUCUUUAAAAAGUGAACGAGAUUUAGAUAAUACGCAUGGCCUAUUUCAUGAUGCAGAAAAUGAAAAGUGGAAAAUUGGCGACAGUGAAGCUGACUUUGUGCAACAAAAUUUUAAGAUUCAGGAUUUAAUCUAUGAGGGUACACCCGGUCUCUAUGAACUUUUAUUUUUUCAAGAACCUCGCGGUUAUACCUCAAAAGAUCUUGACAAUUACAUGGAUAUAUUGCAAAGAAGCAAUGCUUAUAGAAGAAACUAUGAUCCAAAGGCACAGAUUCAAGGCACUACCGACCCAAAAUACUUAACAAUAAUAAAACCGUACUUGAUAAAAAAGGGAAUUUUAAGAUCUACUUCCACAUCUAGUGCCAUUCCUUUUUCUAAGCCUAAACCACCGUCAGAAACACGCCCGAGAAGUACUAGAAUAACCUCGAAAAAGGGGGGAGGAAUGAUGAUGAAUUUAACAAAUAAAAAAACUGAUUAUGUCUAUUAUGAUGAUCCUAAUGAGUUAGUGGAACGGUUAAAAUUACUUAUAUCAUCACAAAUGGCAGGGCAUACCGGACAUAAUAAUGAAAUAGUCUCCAUUAUUGAAGAGCUAAAGGAAGCAAAAGUUAUUUUAUAG